AUGACAUUGGCAACUAUCGCCCAAUCUGCUUAUUAUCCGUCAUCUACAAGCUCAAGAGUGAUCCUUAAUAGAUUUGAAAAAGUGUUGGAUAAAGGAAAGCCAUGCGAGCAAGCAGGCAAAGGAUUCAGCACGAUUGACCACAUUCACACUGUUUCGAAACUCAUCGAGGUACAAAAUGCCAUUGACGUGAAGAGGGGGAUCCGACAAGGUGAUACAAUCUCACUCAAAAUAUUCACAGCCACCCUCGAGAACGCAAUGCGAAAAUUGGAAUGGGACGACAUGGGAGUGACGGUUGAUGGUUGGCAGCUACACUAUUUGCGCUUUGCUGAUGACAUCGUACUGAUAACACCUAGUAUCAGCCAAGCGGAACGAAUGCUGACCGAAUUCGACGAAACAUGUGGAUGCAUCGGUCUUCAGCUGAAUCUGCAAAAGACGAUGUUCAUGCGCAACGGAUGGGUCUCGGAUGCCCCAUUCACGCUCAACGGAACGAACAUAUCCGAUUGCGUUUGCCAAGGAAAGUAA